AACGAUAGGAAGCACCCCACCCUCAAGAGCACGAAGCCUUGCGCGUGCUCAAGAGACAGUCGUUUCCGUUUUGUUUCCUGCGUGUUGUGGGCAGAUUUCUGCGCGGAGCGCCUACUCUCCACUGCUUGCCAGCUUUGAAAACGCUUAAAUUGCAGAGUCAGCGGCAUACUCCUGACACAACAGGCACGUGUUUAUCAUUAGGUCCAUUGAGGAACCCAGAUAUGGAUGCUGAGCAGAACCAGGUGUUGGACACUGCAUCAGAGACUCGAGAUAAACAGGAGACGGGAGCAGGAGGCUGUCCCCAGUCACAACUCGACUCUCCAAUAGAGCCUGCAGAAUCACCAGUGAAUAGGCAAGAAAUGGAGCAUUUGCAAGAUGUGGUUACAGAAUCAGGACCGUCAGAAGAAAUGCAAGAGACGGCGCCUAAAGCAGAAAAAUCCCCAAUGAAAAUGGUUGUAUCUCCUGAGAAGGUUCCAGAGACUUCUACGGAAGUUUUGACUAAAGCAGAGAAGUACCCAAAAAAACAACCAGAACUAGAGAGCUCAACAGAGGUUUCUGAGCCAGCUACAGCAAUGUACGUAGAACGCAAAAACAUCCAGACCGCAGAGCCUAAAAAGCAGCCAAUGCCAGAGAGAACACCAGAGCCUCUAGCAGAGAAUAACAUUGAAACUGCGCCAGAGAAAAUAGCAGAACCCGUCCCAGAGGCUGUUAAACUGUCUGAGCAGGCAGCGCCCGAGCCUGUCACACAGCCAAAAUCUGAGGACGUCAAACUGCUCGAACCAGAAGAGAAAGGGCCUGAGGAAUCUGAGAAGCAGGUAGAAUCUGGUAUUGUGUUGGAGGUGAUGCCAGCAGAGCCUGAAACUGUAAAGGAAGUGGAGGCAGACAGACCGACCGAAGCUGACAUUGUACCGGAACCAGAGCCAAAGAAAUCAGUAGCGGCUGAGACUGUGAAGAAAGUGGAAGCAGAGAAACCGGUAGCGGCUGAGACUGUGAAGAUGGUGGAAGCAGAGAAACCGGUAGCAGCUGAGACUGUGAAGAUGGUGGCAGCAGAGAAACCGGUAGCAGCUGAGACUGUGAAGAUGGUGGCAGCAGAGAAACCGGUAGCAGCUGAGACUGUGAAGAUGGUGGAAGCAGAGAAACCGGUAGCAGCUGAGACUGUGAAGAUGGUGGAAGCAGAGAAACUGGUAGCAGCUGAGACUGUGAAGAUGGUGGAAGCAGAGAAACCGGUAGCAGCUGAGACUGUGAAGAUGGUGGAAGCAGAGAAGCCAGUAGCAGCUGAGACUGUGAAGAUGGUGGAAGCAGAGAAGCCAGUAGCAGCUGAGACUGUGAUGGAAAAGAAACUGGUAGAAGCUGAAAUUGUGAAAGAAGUCGAGUCGGAGAAACCGGCAGAAGGUGAUGCAGCGGCGCAGCAGAAGGCAGAAGUUGUCGAGCAGGUCCCUGCUCCUGGCACUUUGUCUUUCGCUUUCCUGGAGCAUGAGCAGACCAAAGCCACCCUUCGCACCUCUCGCACUCUAAUCAUCCUCAGAGGCCUCCCCGGCAGCGGCAAGAGCCUCUUGGCACGUGCCAUUGCAGAUAGCUACCAGGGUCUCUGCACUGUCUGCUGUGCUGAUGACCAUGGUGUGAAACCGGAGAGUCCAGAAGCAUCGGCAGAUGGGUACAAGGCUUUUGACGAUGCUGUGGUAGCCUGCUGCAGUGUAGGAACAUCUGCUCAAGUGAUUGUGGUGGAUGACACCAACCAUACCCAUGAUCGGCUGGCCCGUCUGGGGGAGGUAGCAGAGCAGCACCGGUUGGUGGCCAUGUUUCUGGAGCCCCGCACUGAGUGGAGCAGAGACUUGCCACAGUUGGCCAAGAGAACUCUGCGGGGGCUAGAGGAAUCCCAGAUCCAGGCCAUGAAAGUUCCUCUUGAGGAGACGUCCCUACCCCUUUUCUUUGGCUGGUUCCUUCUCCCUGGCAUCCAGGACAAGGUCAGGUGCACGUCCAUGGAUUUCCUGAAGACGCUGGACACACUUGAGGCCUUCAAGAAGCACUUGCCUGACUUCACUGUUGAGGCUGAGAAAGAGGUGGACCUGGAGCAGUAUUUCCAAGCCAAUGGAGCUCUUCAUUGCACUACCAAAUUCUGUGACUAUGGCAAGGCUGAGGGAGCCAAGGAAUAUGCAGACAAACCAAUUGUUAAAGAGUUGUAUGGCUCUGCAUUCGAGCUAUCCCUUAGUGCCCUCUUCGUCACACCUCGCACUGUUGGUGCCCGGGUUUCUCUCUCUGAGGAUCAGUUAACCCUGUGGCCUGCCGACGCUGAGAAGGAGGCAGUCCCUCUAGUCCCGGCUGCCGCCACCCUGCCCGCAGGCAGCCGUGCCCACAUCACCCUGGGCUGUGCGGAGGGGGUUGAGCCACAGCAGACUGGCUUUGACCUGCUGGAGAUCCUAGCGCUGCAGCAAGAGGGUCAGGAGGGAGAGCUGGUGGAGGAGAUGGAGCUCGGCUCCCUGGCCUACUACGGCAAGGGGAGGUGGCUGCUCAGUCUGAGGGAGCCCGUCUCUGCCCAGGCCUGCUUCUCCAGCCUCUAUGGGCCCAAGAAGGCCGACUCGACCAAGAAAGACGGGGACAAGAAGAAAAAGCAAAAGUGCACCAUACUGUAAAGGAGAGGGGGAAGGUGGUGGUAAUGGAUGGCUCGGGAUGAGUGGCGUACUAGUGUUCUGAUUUGUCUGUGGGGAGGUUUGUGUUUGUGCUACUUUUGGGGUUUGGGAGGCGUCUUGGAUAUCCACCCCAAAUCCACAAGCUGUGUGCCUUUCUCUGUUGCUUUGCUGCACAACCCAAGAGGCCUUUAAACCACAGUUUAGGUCAAGCUUAGCAUCUUGUUCAGUGUCUUGUCAUGCGUUUUAGUGCCAUAGUUGCAAUUGGAUAGGAUUUCUGUAGACAAGGCCUGAUUUCAUGGCUCAGAUGUAGUACUGCUGUACCUAGUACCGCUUCUCCCCGUUUGUGACCACUAUUUUUCCCUACUUAAUUCACGUCUAACACUAUAUACAACCCCUUCCGCACAUGUCAGUGUUAAGCAUUUAGAUGUGUUUUCAUGUUUGGUGUGAGUGGCUCAAAUAGUAUUUUCAUUGCAUGCCAGGUUUUUCAGUUUAGCUGAUGUAGUUCUAGUCAUGAUUAGCUUCUUUGCAAAAAGUUGCACAUCUCUUUCAGAAAUUUCUCGUGACACUGGUAAUUUCCUGUGAUUUAGUCAGUCGGCCCUGUCAUUGUGUUUGCAUUUGUAUGUGUGUGUUUAGUACGAAGGAAAGAGCUGGGUAAUUUCAUAAGUAGCUCAUGGGCCAAAAGGGUGUCUCUCUGCUUGAUUUGCUGAACUGUGAAUGUCAUUCAUCAAGGCCAUUCCUAAUUAACUCUUUUUGCACGAUGCAACAGAAAUCAAAGGGAGAAUGCUGAUGAAUGUGCAGUUUGUUUGAUUAGCUGGCACUUACUUGGUACUUAUCAAAUGCUGUGAAACCAAGGCCACAAUUUGCAAUAUUCUGUAGUAUAGGUGACUGCAGCCUGGGAUCAUCCCUCUUUCUGUCAACCAUAGUCUUCGCAUGUCAAGUUGUAUGUAUUCACUGUUUUUUCAUGACUGUGUAGGUCUCUUAGGGCAAAGCCAUGCUUGUGUGUUUCUUCCUAUGAGUCACUAUUUUUGCACAUGUUUUGUACACUUAAUAAAGGAAUUUGUUUUGCGGCAAA